UAUUGACUGUGUUUUAUUGUAGUAAAUCAUAAAACUGAUGGUUAUAUUUUAGAACACACUAUCCUUAAUUUCUAUUGCCAUUAUUGGAAAACUUAGAUGUGUAACUGUUGCUACAUUGCUUUACUUUUUCAGGWUUUUCUUCAUAGAGGAGAGUUGCACAUCCUUCCUUGCCCCUCUAAAKCCAGUUCAGUGGGCUUCUCGCGUGAUGUGGUGCCCAGUGUGGCACAGGCUCUGACGUUCCUCUCUACUCACCCCGAGGCCUGUCAGGCCAGCCCCAAAAUACGUUCAGCUGUAAAGAAGAGGCUAAAAGGGUUCCCAGAGAAGAUUCAGAGUAACCUCCAUCKUGCCCACUGCUUCAUACCUGCAGGYAUUGCCACYGUAUUGGCGCUGCGUCCAGACCUGGUCGCCCCUGCAGUUUCAGCUUUUUACCUGCGAGAUCCCGUGGACCUGCAGGCCUGUCGAAGCUUCAGGACGUUUCCUCCUAUGACAAGAGUCCUCACUUUGGUGACGUUCACCCGCUGCUUGUACGCCCAGCUGCAGCAGCAGCAUUUCAUCCCAGACCAGAGGAGCGGCUUCAGCCUGCCUCCUCGCUCGCAUCCUCAGUAUAAGGCUCACGAGCUCGGCGUAAAACUGGCCCAUGGUUUUGAGAUCUUGUGCUCCAAGUGCAGGCUGCCUUCUUCAGAGCCUGAYGCUCCGGCGAGUUGCAACCCUCGGUGGAAGGCCUUCUUGAAAAGUCUGAGAAARAACGAUUACUUCCGGGGAGAGCUAGAGGGUUCGGUUCUUUACAAAGAACGUUUGAGAUCAGCAGAAAUUUUCUUCAACCAGUCUAUUGCUUCAGAGUUGAGCUCUCUGGUGCCGGGUGAAGAAGUUCUUCAGCUGCUUCAGAGCAACCCGUUCAACUUGGAGGAGCUAAAGAAGCUCGAGUCACAAAUCCCUCCAGAGGACAGUGACAGCUGGCUGGAUAUCACAGCUCAGGAUUUAGAGCAGUUACUGCAGGAGAGAGGCAGCAGGAGAGCUGGCGGCGAAAGCUGCAGUUCCAMGAAACCGAAGCAGCAGGCCGAGGAUGCGGAGGCGAGGAGAAAAGAAACKGAGGACAAGGAGGAAGAGGAGGCUGGUUAUAGCUUGGUAGCCGUCAGUCAGGGGAUGAAGAACUUCCUCAGUGCCAUGUCAUCGCACGAGGGGGCUGAGCUGCCCUGGAGCAGCGUAACUCAGCCUUUUAGCUUUGACCCUGACUCUAUGGCUGACGCUGUGGACAAACUACUUGGAAACAAAGAAGAACUAGAUUCAGACGAUCUAGACGAUGACGACUUUGAAGAUGACGAUGAGGAGGAUGAAGAAAAAGAGGWCUCCCCUGAUCAGACGAGUGGAACAGAGACUCUGGACAGCCUCAAAAGAUACAUGGAUGAAAUGGAUGAGGAGCUGCUGAGCACCAACGUAGGACAAAGCUUCGCUCAGACGAAUUACAAGUCUGCCUUGGACAGCGGCUCCUCUUCUUCCUCAGCGGCAGACGGUUUCUCCAGGGUGGAUGGAGGAAUGGAAGAGACAGAAGAAGAGAUCCAGCCUUUAGAUAUUGACGUUAAUUUAGUCGCAAAUCUCCUGGAGUCCCUCAGCAGCCAGGCCGGGCUGGCCGGACCUGCUUCGAACCUGCUGCAGAGCCUGGGUUUACAUCUGCCACCCAACUCGGAUCCUUCAUAGACGAGCAAAAAAAAAAAAAAAACGAAAGAGGACUAAAAAAAGAAGUCAAGGAAUGCACGACACACAGCAAAUUCCUCUGCCUCCAUUAUAAUAAACUUUAUCCUUUUACAAUAACUCUCCAUAUGUCGACAAGUCAGAAAGGUAUGCCGAACAAUUAUGGAGAAAAGAAAGCUCCUGCUUGCCUAUAAUACAAAAUGUGUUCAACUUUAAGUCAGUAAAUGCAGAGAAAAAAAAUAAUGUGUAGUUAUUCCCUGUCUUGUCAUGAGAUCUUAACCUGUAAGGAACAAAUUAAAAAUCAAAAACACUGCAGGGCUUGGGGGGGAAGGGGGGGGGGUUAAUUCCAUGUUUGUUUAAACUGACAGUGUACUCUAAAUCCAAGUUGCAGUUUUUUUAAAUAUUAUUUUGUAAUAGAUGUGUUCAUUGAUGUUUUUCCUCAACACUCAGAAUAAAGUAUUUUUUUUCCAAAUAGUUUUAAUUGUCUUAUUCAAUUUGCACAGAAUAUUUUUAUGCAACCAUAUUAAAAUAUCUCAUUUGUUUCAUGAUGAAUGUACACACACACA